GUUGAUUGAAAGGUGAGUAGGAAGCAAGCAAACAGUGGAAAAUCCCCUCUGCUUUCUGGCUUGACGUCUGACAGAUGUUUGAGGUAUGCAGGGUUUGAUUUAUAACCUCUCUGGGAAGUUGGGAAAUCUGACAAAGAUAGUGCUGCCUGCUAACACUGGGGGAAACAGGAAGUAACAAAGGAAACAAGUCAUUGCCUAGGCGUCCCUUUUGGCCGCAGUGCAGAUGCACAAGCAGUUGGGGCAGAGUUUCUUUUCCUUUUGUGUGUUGAGCGUACAGCAGCUACCUUAUAAUACACAGAGCGGGGAGAAGCGCAGAGAUGUUCCUGUCAUGCCUGAGAGGGGUCCGAAGUUAUUAAUGGCUUUGUCUUCACAAAGGAAACAAUCAUUUGGUGAAAUUGUUGGCAGAAAAACUAUGUGUCGAUCAGGAAUGGUCACCAGAACGAUGGCCUCACAGGAGCAGGUCUGGCCAGUCCCAAUGAAGGCAAUUGGAGCACAAAACCUUUUGACAAUGCCUGGAGGAGUGACCAAAUCAGGGUAUCUUCAUAAAAAGGGAGGCACCCAGCUGCAGAUCUUGAAGUGGCCAUUGAGAUUUGUGAUUAUCCAUGAGGGAUGUAUUUACUAUUUUAAGAGCAGCACAUCUGCAUCUCCACAGGGUGCAUUUUCUUUGAAUGGUUACAACAGGGUUAUGCGGGCAGCUGAGGAGACAACAUCAAGCAAUGUGUUUCCUUUCAAGUUAGUUCACAUUAGCAAGAAGCACAGGACGUGGUUUUUUUCAGCUUCAUCUGAAGAUGAAAGAAAGAGUUGGAUGCUAUCCUUGAGGAGGGAAAUUGAUCACUACCAUGAGAAGAAAGAAACAAUAACAGAAUUCAGUGACUCUGGUUCUGAUGCAGACAGUUUCUAUGGCUCAGUAGAACGUCCCAUUGAUAUCAAGUAUUCUCAUCAUUCAGCAGAUAAUGAAGAUUACGACCAGGAGGAAGAGGAUGAGUCUUACUUGCAGCCAGACACUUCUGACAUAGUGAAAGAUGAUAUGGUCCUGCCCCCAGCCUACCCGCCUCCACCGGUUCCUCAUGUCAGAAAAGCUAACUACUCAGAAUCAAGGGCAAAUUCCUUUGCUGGCAAAUCUACUGUGCCAGUACCACCACCGCCUCCUAAAAGAAGCUUACCUGAUAUCAAACCAGAGGAUCUCUUAAACAUGAGAGAACCCCUGUUACAGUGCCGAGCUGAACCUAAUCUAAAGAUUCAAUCUUCAAGCCGGAGACUAAGUGAACAGCUGCCCCCUGUACCCACUCUACCUCUUUUCAAAAAGCCGGUGUAUGUCAAAGAAUCUUGCUCAUUGCCUCCAGAGCUUUUGCCUCUAGCUCAAGUUGUUUCUACUCCAGAAGGAUGUGAGAAGCUAAAAACCUUAAACCUUUCACCGCGAACUCCUCCUCCGCUACCAAGCAGUAAACCCAAGCUGUCACAGUUUACUGAAAAAACAGUAGAGCCCAAAGUGCCAAGAGAACAUGGUAAACCUGGACUGUUUGUACCACCAGUGCUCCCAAAGCCACCUGUGCCAAGCCACCAGCCCCCUGGAAUCAAGCCUAGACCAGAGAAGUCUUCAUGUUCCCAGUUACAAUCACCACCAGAUGGACAGAGUUUUAGAAGCUUUUCAUUUGAAAAACCAGCACUACCCUCUAAGCCAAACCAACCUGAUGAUGAUUCUGAUGAUGACUAUGAAAAAGUUGGGCUCCCUGCUUCAAUAUUUCUUAAUACUUCUGAAUCCUUUGAAGUUGAAAGGACAUUUAAAGCUAGUAGCCCACGGGGCCGACCGCAAAAUGGAUUGUACUGUAUUAGGAACUCAUCUACUAAGCCUGGAAAGGUAUUGGUUGUAUGGGAUGAAUCUGCAGAAAAAGUGAGAAACUACAGAAUCUUUGAAAAGGAUUGCAAGUUUUAUCUGGAUUCAGACAUCAUGUUUUUGAACAUGGGAAGUUUGGUCGAGUACUAUAGCAUUCAUGUCUUACCUAGUCAUGACAGCCUUAUUCUUCGGUGUCCUUAUGGUUACUCUAAACCAAGGUGACAUGACUGGCAUAAUUCACUGAUGCUUAGGACAAAUGGGUUCCCUACUGCCCUUGAAUUAAAUGUGGACUCCUGCCACUGUUGGACAUCCCAUUGUUUGCACACAGAAACUGACUCUGUUUCAGCCAUUUAUUCUCACAUUCAUUGUAUAUAAACUCCAUUUAAUGAACUCUUGGUAAAACCUUACAAUCCAGAUCAGUGGAUUUUAUGGUCUUGUUUUAAAAAGAUCUGAACUGAUUAUGCUGUGAAAGCUGUCCAUGAUACCUACACCUUUUAUAAAACUGCUGCUAUUACUAAUCUCCUUGGAAUGUGGAAGAUGGACACGAACAAAGUAGUGGUCUGAAUACAACCAAUACAGAAACGGGAAAUUUCUGAAAGUGUAUCAGAAUUCACUUGUGACAGGGAAUACUAAUACUCUGACUUGAAGGUAUUACUCCUUAAGUCAGCACUGGUGCUCAACUGAGAGUUUUUGUAUUACUUGUAUAGUUGACGUGUAAAUAAUGAAGACUUCUGUGCAAAUAAUUUGGUUUACUAUAGGUUAAGAUGAUCAGAAAAUGUGGCUUUUUUUUAAGCCACCUCAUACGUAAAUGUAGCUUCUGAUUACAAUGUCUGCAGUAAUCAAUAUCAGGGUACUAUCCAACUGAUAUGGUUGUGGCAUCCCACGUGUUACUUAAUGAUGUGCAUUUCAGAGAGACGUGGAAUAAUAUUGAUUUGGCUUUCACGGGAGCCUGAUUCCUUAGUUCUAAACUGGAAGGGUAGGUGCCACUAGUAUUUUUAAUGGGUAUGAGAAAAGAGAAAGGACUACUUAGGAUUAAGGGGGAAGGGAGGGAAUCUUUUGAAUGCCCCAAAUUCUGACUAGCAGUUUUCUCUCACAUUGCUGUAAUCAAAGGUUCUUUAAAACAAAACACACACACAAAAAACUGAAACCAUGAGUGUGAUGCUACUAUCAACUCUGUAAAUCUUUGUGGUCAGUCUCUUAGGAUCAGGUUGUCAGCCCGUUGCAUUUUGUUUUGUUCUAGGGCAAAACACACUGGCCUAGGCUACUUCUUGUAGAUCACCAAGAAUUUUUCCAUUAUUAAAAUUGCCACUCGGUUUGUAGUUGCAUGCAAAAUAAAAUCUGUUUUUAACAUACUAUCAGUGGUAGGCAUUACCAGGGUGCUUGUAAUAUUUGUUCCCUAAUAUUUUGGGGACAGGUAUCCUAAAACCAAGGGCUUGAUAUUUAUGCUAAAUAUCCUAAAUUUUAAUAAAGAGGAGAAAUUUAUUUUAAUGACCUGUUAAGUAAAUUUGUUGAUUCAAAAAUACUGUUACAAUGGUCUCCUACUCUAAUAAUGUUUACAAGACCUGCAAUAAUAAUAAAAAAAACCCCAAAAUCCUGUCGCUCCUGACAGAAGGUAUCUAGUUUCUAUCAGUCUGAAUCUGUAUCCAUAAACUUAACUCUUUUUUCUGUUACCUUUUCAAAGUUUAUAUGUGUCAGUUUUAAUCUUGUUACAGUUAGAUGGUCACAACUUUAAAAACAUGAGCAAAACCAUUACAGAAUAAGAAUUUUCUGUUAAUGAAAACAAUAAACCAGGAUUUAAUCCCUAAGGGAUUUUCUUUAAUAGAGAUGUACUAUUAGGACCAUACAUAGGAAUUGAGGCAAGAAGCUCUGCCUUUAUCUUUUGCAAGAGACACAGACAUACACAAUAUCAGUCUUUUGAUCUCUGUUCUCACUGUAAUAGGUUUUAUGUGCGUAAAAAAUGUGAUACUUAAAUUUCAGAUUCUGUUGAAUAUUGGAUAUUUUAAGUUUCUAAUUCCUUAUUUUAAAUGAGUAUCCCUGUGGUUUACUACCCUGAUAUGAUCCACUCUGUAAAGAAGGCUCAGCCAACAAAGUAUUUGAAAAAUAUUUUUGGCAUAUAGAUAUAUGUAUAUCAGAGCAAGUUCCAGUUUCUUGCAGUAUUUACACAUACUGUUUACAGAGUAAAUUUUUCUCUGGGAAUAAUUGACUUCAUUGUGUCAGGACAGUCGUACUUACAGUAUGCUAUCUUUGGGGCCCUAUUCAGAUAUUUCUUUUUUUUUUUUUUUUUUUUUUGCAACCAUAUGCUCUUUUUUAAACUGUAAAAAUACUUACAUAAUCCAAUACAUAUAAAACAUAACACUGUCUACCUGUGUAAUACAAGAUUUGCAAAUAUGUA